CUCAGUGAGGGAGGGAGAAGAGAACGACAAUGGUGGUGCCGGAGAUGGAACCGUUGGCGGCGGCGAUCGGCGUUUCAUUGCCGGUGCUCCGCUUCCUCUUCUGCUUCUUGGCCACGCUGCCUGUCAGCCUCAUCUGGCAUCUCGUCCCCGGCGGCCCUCCCGCCAAACACCUCUACGCUGCCGCCUCUGGUGCCUUCCUUUCUUAUCUCUCCUUCGGCGUCUCCUCCAACCUCCACUUCCUCAUUCUUAUGCUCCUCGGCUACGCCUCAAUGCUCCUCUUUCGUCCUCGAUGCGGCAUUAUCUCCUUCUUCUUGACAUUCGUUUACCUCAUUGGCUGCCAUGUAUACUACAUGAGUGGUGAUGCUUGGAAGGAAGGAGGAAUUGAUGCUACUGGUGCCCUAAUGGUGAUAGUACUGAAGAUUAUUUCAUGUGCUAUGAGUUACAAUGAUGGUUUACUAAAGGAGGAGGACAUGCGUGAGGCACAAAAGAAAAAUCAUUUGCUCAAGUUGCCCUCCUUAAUUGAGUAUAUUGGUUACUGCCUCUGCUGUGGAUGUCACUUUGCUGGACCAGUGUAUGAAAUGAGGGAUUAUCUUGAGUGGACAGAAAGGAAGGGGAUUUGGGCACGAUCUGAGAAAGGAUUGCCAGCAUUGCCUUAUGGGGCAAUUUUCAGAGUUCUUGUCCAAGCUGCUUUCUGUAUGGGGUUGUACAUAUUCCUGGUACCUCAAUUUCCACUAUCCCGGUUUACAGAACCUGUAUACCAUGAAUGGGGUUUCUGGAAACGGUUGAGUUACCAGUACAUGUCUGGCUUUACAGCACGUUGGAAGUAUUAUUUCGUCUGGUCAGUCUCAGAAGCUGCUGUUAUUAUUUGUGGCCUGGGUUUCAGUGGUUGGACAGAUUCUUCUCCACCAAAACCAAGAUGGGACCAUGCAAAGAAUGUUGAUAUUUUAGGUGUUGAGUUGGCAAAGACUGCAGCCCAUUUACCACUUUCGUGGAACAUACAAGUCAGCACUUGGCUACGUCAUUAUGUUUACGAGAGACUUAUUCAGAAGGGAAAGAAACCUGGUUUCUUUCAGUUGUUGGCAACACAGACUGUCAGCGCAAUUUGGCAUGGUUUAUAUCCUGGAUACAUUAUAUUCUUUGUGCAGUCUGCACUGAUGAUUGCUGGUUCAAGAGUUAUUUAUAGAUGGCAGCAAGCUGUUCCUCCUAAUAUGGUUGCAAUGAGGAAUAUAUUAGUAUUCUUGAACUUUGCUCAUACAGUUCUGGUGUUGAACUACUCCUCUGUUGGUUUCAUGGUACUAAGCCUGCAUGAAACACUUGUUGCAUAUGGAAGUGUGUACUUUAUUGGAACCAUCGUUCCCAUAGUAGUUAUCCUCCUUGGUUAUGUGAUUAAACCAGCAAGGCCGUCGAGGUCCAAAGCUCAGAAAGAACAGUGAGGUAGAAUCCAGAUUCAUAGCUUCUGGACUAGUUGCAGUGAAGUUCACAAAAUGAUAGGAUAUGCUAUCUGUGGUACUUUUUUAAUUUAUGUUUCAUUUUUCCCCUGGUAAGUGUAAUACCGUUUAUCUCCAAAAGUUAGUUGAACCUGUCCACAUUCAAAUAUAUUAUAAAACAGCAAUUU